UCUCUCUUACGUCCCGUCCGUGAGCAGUGAGCUGGCCGCGGCGGAGAUUUCUCCUUCUGGUCGGAUCGUAUCUUUUCACCAACUGAGCUCUCUCUUUUUUUUGUGUUUUUACGCGCUUGACAUAUAUCGGAGUGGAAAAGUCGGCGCGUCGGUGCGCAAUCGCCAGCAAAUCUUUUUGUCCUUGCGCUGCGCCUCCGUGGCAAUGGAUUGAUUUCAGUGUUUUUUCUCCGACCUCUGCCUCGACCAAGUUGAGAAAACAGUCCGUCUAACCUGCGGCUCUCUCUCUCUCUCUCUUUCCAGCUACAUGUUUCAUCCGGCCACUUUUAAAAGUACCUGGUUCCGGAUGUUUCUGCAGAUUUUGGGACUUUGAACUUUUUUUUUUCCUCCCCUUGUGCAUUUGCAGGAGGUGGCCGGGGGAUUUUAAGGAUUUUUUCCCCCAAUAAUAAUAAUACAAAAAGAAAGCUUCUCCUGGGUUCCUGAAGCCUGCAAAGAUUUAUUUGUGAAAAGUGAUGGCCGAGCGGGGAGCUCUGUCGCUCCUCUCUCUCCUCUGUCUCACCUUUCUCUACACCGAGACCACCGCGGCAAAGCAUGUCGACAAAGCGCCAGCAGCGCAGCCCUUCAGCCCCUUCUGGUUCACAGUGGAACCCCAAGACACACUGGCCAUCCGGGGCAACUCAGCGCUGCUCAACUGCUCGACCCACAGCGAUGCAGCCACACGCGUAGAGUGGAAGAAAGACGGCACCUUCAUGAGCCUGGUUUCAGAUGAGAGACGACGCAUACUCCCCGACGGCUCGUUGUUCUUCACCCACGUGGUGCACUCCAAGCACAACAAGCCUGAUGAGGGCACAUACCAGUGCGUUGCCACCAUUGACAACUUGGGGUCCAUUUCUAGUCGCACAGCACGCCUCUCUGUAGCAGGUAUACCGAGGUUCGUGAGCCAACCAGCGCCAUCCACUGUACGUCUUGGGGAUAACCAGGUGAUGGCGUGUGAGGUCAACUCGGACCUGGUGCCCUUUACCCGGUGGGAGAAAGACCGCCAACCCCUGGAGCUGAACAACAGGCUUCUCCUACUUCCCAGCGGUGCAUUGGUGGUCAGCAAUGCCACAGAGGCGGACGCAGGCCUUUACCGCUGCCUGGUGGAGAACGUGGGGUCGUCAAAAUCCAGCGACGAGGCCCAGCUCCAGAUACUGCCAGAAACCGGAGAAGAGAGGAAGCCGGAGUUCCUGGUGCAGCCUGUGUCCGUGACCAAAACGGUGGGCGCCAGUGUGCUGCUACCCUGCAUGGCCAAUGGUUACCCUGCACCACAUAUCCGCUGGAUGUUUGAAGACAAGCUGCUAGAAGAAAGUGAGGGUCGUGUGGAGGUGCUGGGAGGGGGCAGUCUCCAAAUUUCCAAUCUCACAGAAGCAGAUGCCGGAGUCUACACCUGUAUGGCGGACAAUUCCAACGCCACCAUUGAAGUCCAGGCCCAACUCACAAUACAAGUUCCACCCCAGUUUGUCAAGAAGCCAGCCAACAUUUAUGCCCAUGAGUCCAUGGACAUUAUCUUUGAGUGUGAGGUCUCCGGCACACCAGCUCCCACUGUUAAAUGGGUCAAGAAUGGAGAUGCUGUCAUCCCCAGUGACUACUUCAAAAUUAUUAAGGAGCACAACCUGCAGGUUCUGGGUCUGGUCAAGUCAGAUGAAGGUUUCUACCAGUGCCUUGCGGAGAAUGAUGCAGGCAACAUCCAGUCCAGCGCACAGCUCAUCAUUUUGGAUCACGAUGUAGCCCUGCCCUCUUUCCCUCCCCCCUCACUGACUCCUAACACUACUGACCAUGUAACGCCAGGCUCCGGAGGUGUAGCCAGUCCAGCAGGGCCAACACCCUCCGCCCCUCGAGAUGUCGUGGCAUCACUGGUUUCCACCCGCUUCAUCAAGCUUACCUGGCGCCCACCGGCUGAACCGCACGGAGACGAGUUAACCUACUCUGUUUUCUACAGCCAGGAGGGCACUAGCAGGGAGCGAGUCGUGAAUACCAGCCGUCCAGGGGAGAUGCAGGUCACCAUCCAGAACCUCAUGCCAGACACCAAAUAUCGUUUCAGGGUUGUGGCCCACAACAGCAACGGCCAGGGAGAGAGCUCUGCAGCGCUCAAAGUGGCCACCCAAGCUGAAGUCCAAGUGCCGGGCCCUGCCCCCAACCUGCAGGCUGUGUCGAACACGCCGACCUCCGUCUCCCUGAGCUGGGACACACCCCUCACAGGCAAUGGAGAGAUCCUCACCUACAAGUUGUACUACACAGACAAAAGCAUCGGCACCGAACAGGACGUUGACAGCGAUGGUCUGUCCUACACCAUGACUGGACUGAAGAAAAACACAGAGUACAGUUUUCGUGUGGUGGCCAACAACAAGCACGGUCCAGGUGUCUCCACUGAAGACAUCGUAGUCCGCACCCUGUCUGACGUGCCAAGCGGCCCUCCACAAAAUUUCACGCUUGAGGUCCAGAACUCAAAGAGCAUCAUGCUUAGGUGGCAGCCCCCACCACAAAAUGCCCAGAAUGGAGAGAUCACUGGCUACAAGAUCCGAUACCGCAAAGGAUCACGAAGGAGUGAGGCAGCUGAGCUCACCGGAGGCACCCAGCUUUAUAAGCUCAUUGAUGGUCUGGAGCGUGGGACAGAGUACACCUUCCGAGUGUCUGCCAUGACGGUGAAUGGCACAGGACCGGCCACCGAGUGGACCACAGCAGAGACGUUUGAGAGCGACCUGGACGAAUCGCGUGUACCGGACCAGCCCAGCUCGCUUCACGUCCGGCCGCUGGUCAACAGCAUCGUGGUGAGCUGGACGCCACCGGAGAACCAGGACAUCGUGGUACGUGGUUACACCAUCGGCUACGGGAUCGGGAGUCCCCACGCUCAGACCAUCAAAGUGGACUACAAGCAGCGCUACUACACUAUCGAGAACCUCGACCCCAGCUCACAUUAUGUGAUCACACUGAAGGCCUAUAACAACGUGGGUGAGGGGAUACCUGUGUAUGAGAGCGCCAUCACCAGACCUCAAUCAGUACCAGACCCCACUCCUAUGAUGCCUCCCGUGGGUGUUCAGGCCGCCGUGCUGAGCCACGACACCAUCAAGGUGACCUGGGCUGACAACUCGCUGCCCAAGAACCAAAAGAUCACAGAUAACCGCUACUAUACAGUACGCUGGAAGACCAACAUCCCUGCCAACACCAAAGUGAAGAUGGCCAACACCACCAGCCUGAAUCACAUGGUGACGGGACUGAAACCCAACACGCUAUAUGAGUUCUCCGUCAUGGUGACCAAAGGCCGCCGCACCAGCACUUGGAGCAUGACAGCACAGGGAACCACCUUUGAGACCAUUCCCAGCUCCUCCCCGAAAGACGUGACAGUAGUGAGCAAAGAGAACAAACCUCGCACCAUCAUUGUCAACUGGCAACCUCCGUCUGAGGCCAAUGGAAAGAUAACUGGUUACAUCAUCUACUACAGUACAGACGUAAACGCAGAGGUUCACGACUGGGUUAUUGAACCAGUGGUGGGCAACCGUCUGACUCACCAGAUCCAGGAGCUGACGCUGGACACAACAUACUACUUCAAGAUCCAGGCCCGAAACUCAAAAGGAAUGGGUCCAAUGUCCGAGGCUGUGCAGUUCCGAACUCCAAAGACCUCAAAUCUGCCAUCGAAACCUGGGCCUCCAGGCAACACGCUUAUAAUUGACCCUGGAUCCACAGUUGGUAAAUCAGGGGUGGGAAGCGGUGAAAAUCACAUCCUGGUCAUUGUCAUCAUCAUCUCAGUGGGAGCGUUCACCAUCAUCGUGGUGGUGGUGGGUGCCUUUCUGUGCACGCGGCGCACCACGUCCCAUCAGAAAAAAAAGCGUGCUGCCUCCAAGUCCUCCAACGGCUCCCAUAAAUACAAGGGGAACUCCAAAGACCUGAAGCCACCUGAUCUUUGGAUUCACCAUGAGAGACUAGAACUCAAACCCAUGGACAAGUCGCCAGAACCGAACCCGGUCAUGACUGAAACGCCCAUUCCCCGCGCCUCACAGGACAUCACGCCAGCUGACAGUGGCCUUGACAGCAACCCUCACCUGCAGCAGAGGCGCAACUCCUACCGUGGCCACGAAUCAGAGGACAGCAUGUCUACACUAGCAGGCCGGCGAGGGAUGAGGCCUAAAAUGAUGAUGCCUUUUGAUGCACAGCCACCUCAGCCUGUGAUUAGUGCUCACCCCAUCCAUUCCCUUGAUAACCAUCACCACCAUUAUCACAUGGGCAGCCUGGCGUCGCCGACACGCAGCUACCUCUACCACCAAGGCAGCGGGCACCUACGCCCGCAUGCCUGCGCCACCCCUAUCUCCCAUCUAGACAGGGUGGACUCUACAGAGUCGGUAAGGAAUACCCCCAGUUCAGAGCCCCUCCCUCCAGCCACAGCCUCCUCCCAGGUCUCCUGCCCCUCGGAGAUCCUAGCCGACCCUGAGGGCAGCUAUCACGGCUCCACCACCACAGAGGAGGAGCCCAGCUACACCAGCAAUCUGCCCCCCCACCGCUCAGCCCACCCGCACGCCCACGCCCACCCACUCAAGAGCUUUGCCGUACCUGCCAUCCCAGCCAGCAGCCACCCAUCAUACGAGUCACCUGCUUUGCCCAGUACACCCCUGCUCGCUCAGACCGGACCUCCUACUCACCCCCAUGUCGUUAAAACAGCCUCCAUUGGAACACUUGGAAGGACACGAACACCCAUGGCAGUCACUGUGCCCAACGCCCCUGAUGUGCCAGAGACCAGCAAGAUGCUCGAAGAUGUAGACAGCAGCUACGAGCCUGACGAGCUGACCGAGGAGAUGGCCCACCUCGAGGGCCUGAUGAAGGACCUGAACGCCAUCACCACAGCACCAUGAGCAUGCACACGCACACACACCUACACGCACCGACACACUAUCUCCGUCAUCCACACAGACAGAACCGCACACACACGCAUACAGAAAGACACACACUCUAAAGUCAAAACAACACACCCAAACAUAAAUCUUGGAAACCAGAGGCUGGUGGACACAAAAUGGCUUCUUGUGCCCAAGAAACUCUCACGUCCCCCUGCAGAGAAAAAAAAAACAAAAACAAACUCCAGACUGAAACUUAGGAACUUUUUUCGGCUUACCUUGCUCAGUCUCAGGAAGGAGAUUGCCAUGAGAGGGAAGAAAAGUGAGACGCUUCAUCUUUUUAUGAAGAACCAUUCUCAGAGACAAUGAACUUUUAAAACAUUGGUCGCUUUCAACCGGAAGAUUGUGAAUUUUUUUCCUCAGCAAAAAUACGUACGGUAGGUGUUUGUGGUGUGCGACAGAAGACGGCUCAUUCAAGAUGAGACACAGUUGAAUUCAAUGUCAAGUCAAAAGGAGAAAGUCCAAAAAUAUGCUGGUAUUGAUGUUGGUGCUCAUGCGGCGCAGUCUACACACAGUGUUUGUUUGAUUAGUGUUUCUUUGUGCAUUUUGUAUAUCUAUUGGGCCAUUUCAGUGAAGUGAACAUUGGAUAUCAGCCCCCCUUUUACAAGCCUACAUUAUUCAUAAACGUGGUCAUUUUUUGUUUUUACCCCCUUGUGUCAUAUAUUGUGCCAUGACUUUUUAUUAUUUUCUAUGUUAUUGUAUUAUUUUUUUACACACAUAUCCUUAUAAACAUGUACAUAUGUUGUUUUUUUGUUUUUGUUUUUUAAAAACUGCCUCAUUCUUUUGAUUUUUCCCAUUGUUUCAUUAUUAUUAUUUGGGAUGAAAAGUGGGAUUACAAAGGAGUCCUGAAGUUCAGUUCUCAUAUCAACAGGGGAGAGAAGCCUGAUGUGUUUCUACACUACAAUUUUGAAUGGAUUCUUGCAUUCUUCUCUGGCAUUGUGUUGCCCCCUUUGUACAUUAAAAUGUUUUUUUCAGUCUUUUAUUUGUUGUGGGAGCUCCGUUUUAAAAGCCUUACCAACGUGUUUGUAUAUUGGAUGGUCGAGACGUAUCGGCCCUCCAAGGAUGUCGCUCGGAGUUCUGUCACUCGCUGCCAUGGCAGUUUCUCUAUCAUUCUGUGGGACUUGACAGUAUCUCCUCACAGGUCAGGGGUACCUAGGACUCAGGGCACUGACCCCUUCCCCUCCCCCCUUAAAAAAAAAAAAAAGAAACCCUCACAUGGCACCCAGUCAAUCAAUCACCUGCAACAGACGAGUUAUCUUUUAUACGAAAAGUUCGAUCGAAUGUGUGUGAUGUUUCCAAAAAACCAAUAUUUGGUUUCAGACGUCUGUACUGCUGAACCACGUGUGCAUUUUCCCACAGCGGAGCGUGUUUACUGUUUUCUUUUUUCUGCUGUUCUUCAUCAAAAUGCGACACCCUGGUUCUUUUACAAAUCUCAUGAGAUGCAAAGAUGUUGGCCUUUUUGAAGGGGACUCCCAGAUUUUUUUUUUUUUUACAUGGUAGUUUUUGUAUGAAGAAAAAAAGAAGCUUGUUCUAUACACAAAUCUGAUGUAAAAAGGAAAAAAGAAAAGUUCAUCUAAGAAACUAGUUUUUCAUUACCCUCUUACCCAAAGAAACUUGUCAUUUGCAAUCAUAGUAAUUUGCUCUACUUUUGUGAAUACCAUGUUUCUCAUAAAUGUACAUCAUCAUGAAUGUCAAUAUAACUGUAAGAGAUUUUAACUACGGAUACAAACAAGGAACAAGUUUUCGGGGGGAAAAAAAUGAUUGAAAACAAAGGGGGGAGAAAAAGGACCGACUCCAUUUGGGAAAUAAUCUAUUGAGUUGUAAACAGUUGAACCUGUAUUGCACUUUUUCACAAUUUUUGAAAAGUACAUUUCUUACAUAUCUUGUGUUUUAAAUAUCAAAAGCUGUUUGUGUAACGUAGUGUCCUAGGUAAGCAGCAGGCAGCUGGUCUUGUUUUUUAUGUUUUUUUGUUUUUUUUUAAUGUUUUUGUUUUGUUUUUUGUUUUUUUUGCUUCAGAGAUGAUAUGAAUUUGAGCAGCCGAGUGUUUACUUUGCAGCUCAAGAUGAGGAAUUCUGUUGUUGCUUGUUCAUGUACAGAGCUUUCUUUGCUUUCUGUAGAAAAAAAAUCUGUGGCUUUUUAAAAAAUGUUGAAAAAAAAAUGUUUGGAAAAAAAAUAUGUUUUUUUAUUGGUGCUCCUAUACAUUGUGUAUA